AUGCAGUUUUCCAGAGAGACGCCGUCGCUCGCACAGACGAUUUACACGCCAAAUGGUAUGCGUUCGAGCGUGUCCGUCACGGUGCGUGAGAUUCGUGACGUUGAAGUCGGGAUGUUUCCCCGUCGGCUCUUUGUCCGUGUGUGGCUAGAUACAAGCUUCCAGCUUCGUAUGAACGAAGAAACGGAGUUCGCCACAAACGUUGUUACGUUCAGGCGUAAGAGUCGUGGACCGCAGCGCUUUUGUCUCGAAAGCGGCCAAUGUAACGCGUUUACGCUUCCUGAUUUUGUUAUCGUCUGCGAUAUUUGCGAAAUGCGCCAUGGAUUCUGCUGUACGGAAACGUCCGAAGUCGUUAGUCGCGUACGUAUUCCGCUAUCGCGGAUAAAGUUUGACACUUCCGGGCGGAGUGAACUUUGGUAUUCAUUCCACUAUCCGCUGAAGAAAGGUCGAGCACGGGCCGGGCGCUUCGCUGGGCGCAUUCUUGUCGCGAUUCAGUAUGACGUCGAUACUGUUCGCGAUACAGUAACCACUGGUGCGCUUUCACCGAGAUCCAGGGCGGUGACACCGAGCCCGCAACUGGCGUAUCCUUGUGACGCAUCUGCCCUGUGGACCGCAAUGGAGAACGGCAAGUGGGUGCCUCCAGGUCCUGCGCUGGUGGGCGAACCGCGGGGCGCUCCGGGCACCGACGGGCCGCUUGCACUGCACCCGACUUGGGCGACUAGUGUCAAUCCAAACGGAUCGACGGUCUCGCAGCCGCUGGGUCUGAUGGAUGGUCCGAAACAUCGGCCAAUCUCCACGUUGACCAGCUGA